GUGGAUCUGUGGUUGUUGUGGGUGUGUCAUGUUUGGUUUAGAAAUUAAAUAAACAUUAAAGUCAAACUUAAAAUUUAAAAUCUCGUUUAACUUUAACGUUCUUACAGCAUUGAUCGUGAUUAGUUUCCCUAAUUAAAUUAUAAAGAUUUUUUUUUCAAUUAGGCUUAGCUUACAAGCGCUUUUGAAAUUAGAUAGAUUAUUCUCCUACAAAAAUACUAUGGCUGAUAUAUUAGAGGCUCUAAUACAAGCAUCAGAAAAGGCUGCACGUAUAGCGAGAUCAUGUUGCGAGAACGCAGACACUUUACUAGUCGCUGAGAAGUGUGAAACAGAAGCGAACACUCGCUUUGAUAAGGAUUUCAAGACUGUUGCCGAUGUUCUAGCACAGGAAUGUGCAAAGGCUGUUAUUAUUUUCCAAUUUCCCGAAUUAAACGGCCAUGUUAGAGGUGAAGAGUGCCCCGAAAUUGGUGGCAUAACAAUCGGCUUACAGGGCACCGUGGAAGGCACCGCUCGAUUACUUAGCGGUGCUCUACCUCUGGCUACAGCUACAAGAAUGGCUGAAGCGGCUCACAGUGACACGUUUGAGAAUAUACCUUUGUUUCCUGUUGAUCUGCCUGCAGUUGAUACUAGCGAUCUUGGUGUGUGGAUCGACCCUAUUGAUGCUACUGCUGAGUUCAUAUCAGGAGUGAGAGGUGAUGCUAAACCUGGUCACGGGCUCCCUUGUGUGACUGUACUGAUUGGGGCUUAUUUAAGGUCAACUGGUACACCUGUUGUUGGAGUCAUCAACCAACCCUUCUAUAAUGGAACUGGUCGUAUUGUAUGGGGUCUACACUACAACAACUUUAACUUAAACUCUGAAGAGUUGCACACUUCAAAAGAGAAAAUAGUUCUUAUGAGUGGUGCUGAAAAACCAGAGAUCAUUGAGAGAUUCAAAGCUGCAGGAUGGACUGUCAAUUCUGUUCCUGGUGCUGGUCACAAACUAAUGAAAGUAGCUUUAGGUGAAGCAUCAGCCUACAUAGUGUCACAGGGAACCACAUUCCGAUGGGACACCUGUGCACCGCAUGCAAUCAUUCUUGCAAGGGGAGGUAAUGUUUUGUGCUAUAAAAAACGUGUGCCAAUCAGAUACAACGACGACGAAGACCUCGAAACUAAAGAAUACUGUAAUAAAGAUGGAAUUAUAGCAUACAUAAAUGAGGCUAUUUUGGAUGAAAUUAAAAAUAUACUGUCUUAAUUUUCUUUGGUGUUACAUUACAAUGGUAGAAUACAUUGAGUUUUUCUGUACAAUUUAAUAAUAUUAAUUCAUAUUUUACUUUCAAUCAUAGAUGUGGGCCAAUAAAAAAUAAGUGUGAAACAUGUAUUGGUACCUAAAUUAUUAUCACUCAUGACAUACUUUGUAUGCCGUUGUUUUUGAAUAUAUUCAUGAAAUGUUACGAAUAUUGUUCUUAUUAGUGUUCAAGGUUAGAAAUAAUAUAUUCCUUUAAGGAUAAUUCCUCUUACUAAGAAGAAUUUCCAUUUUUUCAUGUACCUGAAUUUUGAUCUCAAUAUUUAUUAUUUAUUUAUUAAUGUUUCUCAUUAAAGUGUAAAAUUAUUAUAUAUUUACCAACAUUUAUAACUUGUAGGUGAAUAAAAAGUGUAUAUUUUAAUAUAUCUGAUUGUUGUUACUAAAAUGUGUUGUAUCAAUAAACUAUUAAUGAAAUAAUAUGCAUA